AAACAUAAAUUUAGUUUGUGCGCAAGAAAACGGACAAAAGUAAUGGAGAAAGAAAAUUCAAAUUUGAAUUUAAUCUCUUUUACUCCAAUCGUCUUUUUUCUCUCUCUAAUUGCUGACGACGUCAUCGACACUCCACGUGACUCCACGUCUCCACUAGAGGUUAGAGUGGGUUAGAGCCAAGCCAUGUGCCCCAUGUGCUUAGUGAAUAAGUGAAUUCACUUUUAAUGGUUUUUUGUUACAUAAAUCUUUUAUUAAAGUAAAUAAAAUUGAAUCGCUUUGUAGUGUAUCAUCAAAACGUGUAUACAUCUCAGAAAUAUAAGCAGGUGCCUACUGAAUAACAUGCGACGUUGGAAGACAUCACGUGAAUUCGGUUAUUCCAAACGUCAUCGUAAUCGCAUUCUCAAAAGGGAAUUAGAAAAUGAUUGGAAGGAGUUAAUGGAAAUAGACACGGAAGAUUCUGUAUCUGGGUUACAGAAUAGCACCCCUGGUCCCAUUGCCUCAACAAGUGGAAGAAAAAGCAGUGAAUGUAUUCCCAAUAUUGGUAACGAUGAAUCAUUACAUGACAGUGACUCCAGCAAUAGUGAGAUUCAGCAUAUGCAAGAGGACUUUUCUGAAGUAGAUUCGCGUCAUAAUAAAGAUUUUAACAAUUUUGUCAGAUUCAUUGUGGUUUGCAGUAUAAACAGUUUAUUAAAGAAAAAAACAUUCAAUUAAAAAUGUUCUUUGUUUUACUGACAGUAUAAAUAAUUUUGUUCCAAAUAUGCACUUAUUUAUUACUACGAUAAAAUAUAAUAAACAGUAUUAGAUGCACUUAUUUAUUUCUAGGAUAAAAUAUAAUAAACAGUAUUAUAUGCACUUCCCCAGUAGCACGUAAUAUUACAGCAAUAUUGGGAACAUUGCCUUAACAUUACCAAUAUUGAAUCAAUGUUGUGGCAUAUUGCUGGAAUGUUCCCAAUAUUACGUGCUACUUGGGUUAUUUAUUACUACGAUAAAAUAUAAUAAACAGUAUAAAUAAUUGCAU